AUGACGUCAAUAUUAUCUCAUCCUGUAUUUGUUAAUAACUAUACAAAUCUGUACAAACCAAAUCUAAUAAACCAUAAUCUGAAAUCAACUGAUGAAACCAACUUCAAAUGUACAAAUGGUCCAACGUACAAUGUUGAUUUAUUACAAUGGCAAACGAAUACAUCAAGCAGUUCAUUGGAUCGGUUACGAUUGCGCAAUAAUCGUCGAAAAGAUUAUAUUCGUGAAAAUAUUCGUCAACUAAGACAAUUAGAAGACAGUAUAACAUUUAAAAAACGUGUUGCAGAACAAUGCGGUAGAUCAGUUCUCUCAACAGAUCGUACACAAAACAAUACAUGCAACAAAUUUAUUACAUGUCAUCAUGCACAAACUAGACAAUCUCAAUCAAAUGAAAAUCCUAUAUCUUCGGAGACUGGAUUUAAUACAUCAAUUCAGUCAUUAUCAAGAACUGAUGCAAUCAAAUCUAGUAAACAAAAUAAAUAUAGUAUUAAUUUAAACAAAACUGAUAAUCCCAAAUAUCUACAAUCAAACAACUCAUCAAUAUCUACACAAACUGAUAAUUAUAUAGAUCAAUUGAAGCAAACUAUUCCCCCACAUAUGCCUAAUUCACAUAAUGUUUCUUCUAAAAAUAAGGGACAAUCUCAUCAAUCUUUAUCAUUAAGAACAAAUAAAUCUGAUAAAAAUAUACAACGAACAACAUUAACACCAAUUCAAUCAAUUAAAAAAACAGAAUAUUUACGUGCACAUUCUCGUGAUAUUGAAGAUGAAGUUGAUCUAAAAUAUUUAAGUAGUAUACCUAUUUCACCUAUACAUAAACAUUUGAAUUCAGCUAAAACAUCUGUACCAAAAGCUGAAUCAGCUAAAAAUGUUGAAUUUAUCAGACGUGAUAUUAAUUUUGUUCGUGCUAAUGCUCAUAUGGCAACAGCACCAAGUGUAAAAAGAACUGGAAUUCGACGGAUAGCAAGUAUGAAUUCUUUAUCGUUAAAUGAUAAAACUCAUCUAACGGAUUCAAAUAUAACAAAAUCACAAAUAUCGCAUACAUCAAGAAUGUGGCCUGAAAGACGAUUAAAAAGUGGGGUUAUCCCACCUUACCUAAUCAAAAUGAAACAAAAAGAAAAAGAACGGAUUCAAAAAGAAUUGGAAAACCAACCUGAUCCAGAUCAACCUCCAGGACAUCAGAGAAUGCCAGAAGAAGAACGUCUAAAUACAUUAGAAUUGCUUAACAAAGCUCAUACUCAGUUGUCAGAGGAAUUUUCUCACCUCCCAGUACGUAUGGAUACAUUGAGAAUUCGUUCUAGACGUGCAGAAAUUGAAAGUCGUCUCAGUGAACUAGAACAAGCUAUUGAAAUAUUCAAUAAACCGAAAGUAUUUAUUAAACCUGGUUAA